UAUAAAUAUGUGCGAGAGAAGUCGUAAAGCGUCACCUGCCAUACAAGAACUGCUGACCGUCUACGAAAACGUCGAGGCCGGCAACUUUGAGUUUGGAAGUGGACGUUCGAGUCCCGCAAUAUCAUCCGAGCUGGGAGCAGACACCGAGAUGGUCCAGGAGGGUGGGGCAGGGGCCGUGGACGAAGGGCUAAUCGCCCCGCGUCGGCUUAACAACCCCUGCCUGGACAGUUCUGCGAGGAUGGACUUGCAUAGAGAACUGCUCUUCAAUCAGAGGAUAGGUAAAAAUGUUCUGAACCAGAAGAGCGAACUACAAAAGGCCCUUUCAAAACACAAAGAGAAGCAGCUCAUGAACCAAGUGAAGGAGCACCAGGAAACGCCAGAGUUGGAGAGGGCCAUAGCCGAACGCGCCCGCAGGCUGGAGCGAGCCGAGCGCGGCCACGAAGAGACCGACCCCGCGACCAACCCGACCUUGCGAGAGGUGCGCGCGCGACUCAGACACGCGGCCCCGCCAUCUCCCGCCGCGUCUGCGCACUGAGCACCUCCGAACCUUCAAUUCACGCUUUAUGUCGUCCACCUAUCGACGAGAAUCUUAAACUCGACAGAUUCACACCGUCGGAAGAUCCGCGAUUAUCUCAAUCUUCGAACGGACAAUUUUUAUCAAACGUAGUAAACUAUGAAAGUGUACAAAUAAAGAUUGAAACGGGCCUAACGACGCAAUGUGUUUUCGUGUGAUUCCUGAUUCCGGCGACAUCUUCAUGACAUCGUACACAGCCGUGGUAGAAACGAGGACUGGGAGUUCACGCGGCGUCCCAUAGGUGGCGCCUUUGUUUAUUGUUUAUGGUUUAUCGUUUGCGAUGCGAGCUUCGUCGGCGGAGCGUGUUUCGUUCGGUUAUUAUUGUAGAUAGGAAAACCUAAUGUGGCAUUUUGUCCCCGAGCGGAGUGACCGAAAGCGUCACGAAGUCAUUUCUGCGCGUCCGUUCGACGCCGACUCCCUGAGUUUAUCGUCUCAAUGUAUAUUUAAGUGUAGUUUAUGCAAAUCUGUUACCAAAAACAUCCCUCGACCCGAGCCAUGGCGCCGGUCGACCUCGGCUUCCAGAGAGACAACUAUUUUUCUAACCCUUUUGAAUCACUCUUCGCGGAUCCUUUUGCACGACACCCUCGUCCUCCGCGAUAUUCGCACUUAGUAGAUGACGUCGACUACCUAGAACCCUAUUUACAUAGUAGUCGGAAAGUAGUCUCGACCAUAGAGUAUUUUGUAUAGUGUUGGACGUUCAGAGCGACCAAUGUGUUUGAUAUCGAGGUGUUCAUGAAAGUGAUAGAAAAAAGAUAUUUUUGUAUUUCCUCGUAAUCUAGAGGCCCCUAGGAACCUCCUCCUCCCGAUCCGUAGGUCUCUCAAUAUCGUAAUCGUAAUCGUCAAUCCGACUAAUGCUAAAUGAUAUCUAGAGAAUCUCCAGAGUAGUUGUUGCAGCGCCAGGAGCGUUUCUUUCUCCGACGUGCCUAUUAGUCAUUAUUGUUGAUUAUUUGCAGAGAAUGAAUUUUAUUGACGGUUGUAAAUUUAUGAAUUAUAUCGAGAGGCUCUCCAUCCGCGUUUGCCAUUUUCACCAUUUUUUCUCUCAUAUAUUUAGUAAACUCUGAAUGUGCGGUUUGUGCAAGUCCUGGUUUUGUUUUGAAAGCGAAAAUGUUGAAGCGAACCUAAUUCCACUUCAGUCUUCUUCCCGUUCUUCGUGUUUUAUGUGAUCGGUUUGUUGAUGACCUUACGCUCGUUUCCACCAUCAUCGAGAGGAACCGAACGAUUCGGGGUUUCGGGGGUUCGCUGGAGACGGUGGAAAUGAGAGUUGAACGAUGAUUUAGUACAAAGUGGCAACUCCAUGUGAAAAGUUUGAGUUGAGCUUCAGCUUGCGAAGCCGUGUCUCGUGGCCAUUUUACGUUUGUUAUGUGACUAUUUAGACUUAAGACCGUUUUGUAAUAAAGUUGACUUGAAUUGUAUGAAACGUUUCGUAAUAAUUUACAUAGAAAAAUAAAAGUGUUUUAGCAAAA